AUGGCUUCUUCAGGCUCAACCCUCGUCGCUCUGAUGCUCGUUGCACUGCUUGUGGGCCACACCAUGGCGCAGUCUCCGGCUAAAUCGCCGGCAUUGUCUCCGACCAGAUCGCCACCGGCUUCAGCUCCUUCUCCGUCGUCCGCCGCUCCAUCGACGCCUAAGGUGAAAUCUCCCCCCAGCCCUACUCCGUCGACCGCUGAGUCUCCAGCGAGUCCUCCUUCGUUGAUCUCUUCUCCUCCAUCUGAAGCGCCAGCGCCGUCGGAGAAUGGUGCCGUUUUGAACAGACUUUCUGCCUCCGCGUCCGUGGUGAUUGGCCUCUGCGCCGUCGUUUUGGUUAUGUAG